UAAAGCUUUUCCUCACAAUCAUAACCAGCAAUAGCAUGAAGAGGAUCAACAUUCAAUUCAACCAGUCUCUCUCUGCUUUCCUUUUUUAGGUGCUAAAUCUAGAGAGAGAAAGUAUAGAAUUGUUUGUAUGAAUGAAUGGUUAUGGAACUACUCUUCUCCAUCAUUCCUUCCCAUGUGCUACUUACUCUCUGUUCUCUUCAAUCCCCAUACCUCCCUCUCCUCCAUCCAUAAUUAAAAAUCUUUUCUUUUCCUUUUUUAAUUAAGCUAAAGAAACCAUUUUUUUUACUUUAUUUUCUCUCUCUUCACCAUUCCUUAAUCCCAUAUCACUCUUUACUUUUUAGGGUUUUGAAAUUGUAAACCCAAAGCUAAAGCUGGUCACCUUCUCAUAUUACACACAUACCCAUAUUCCCAUAAGAAUACAUACAAUAAGGAAUCCAAUUCAUUUUCACCUUUUCUUUUUCACAGUGGAUAGAGAGAGAAAAAUAGGGUCUUUCUUUCUUUCUUUCUGAUCCGUUUUCAUGGUCUUUGCUCGGUUCCCGAGGCUGCUUUCUUAUAUUUUUAGAGAGAGAGCGAGAAAGGGUGAAAUGGGUUUGUGGAAUUAGAUAGAUAGAUAGAGUGUAGAUAGAGAAAAAGAGAGAGUUGUGGGUUGGUUGUGCUAUGUGGAAGAAGUUUUAGAGAGAGAGAGAGAGAGAUGUUGGCAAUGGAGAAGGAUUUUGAUGCUAAGUUGAGGAUUCAGGGGAAUUCUUCUAAUGGAGGUGGUGCUGGUAGUGUUGGUGGCAGUGUUCAGAGAUCCAAAAGUUUUGCAUUCAGGGCUCCCCAGGAGAAUUUCAACGUUCAGGACUUUGAAUUGGGCAAGAUCUAUGGUGUUGGUUCAUACUCCAAGGUUGUGCGGGCUAAGAAGAAGGAUACAGGAAUUGUUUAUGCAUUGAAGAUAAUGGAUAAAAAAUUCAUCACAAAAGAAAAUAAAACCGCUUAUGUAAAGUUGGAACGUAUUGUUCUUGAUCAGCUAGAUCAUCCCGGCAUUGUACGGCUAUUUUUUACUUUUCAAGAUACCUUUUCACUAUACAUGGCACUUGAAUCCUGUGAGGGUGGAGAGCUUUUUGAUCAAAUAACCAGGAAAGGUCGUUUGUCCGAAGAUGAGGCCCGCUUUUAUGCAGCAGAAGUUGUAGAUGCACUUGAAUACAUACAUGGUAUGGGGCUGAUUCAUCGAGAUAUAAAGCCCGAGAAUUUGCUACUUACAGUGGAUGGCCAUAUUAAAAUUGCUGAUUUUGGGAGUGUAAAACCUAUGCAAGAUAGUCAGAUUACAGUCCUUCCUAAUGCUUCAUCAGAUGAUAAGGCCUGCACAUUUGUGGGGACAGCUGCAUACGUUCCUCCGGAAGUCUUGAAUUCUUCUCCUGCAACUUUUGGUAAUGACCUCUGGGCACUUGGCUGCACCUUGUACCAAAUGCUUUCAGGAACUUCUCCUUUCAAAGAUGCCAGUGAGUGGCUUAUUUUCCAAAGAAUUAUAGCCCGCGAUAUAAGGUUUCCUGAUUAUUUUUCCGAGGAAGCUAGAGACCUCAUUGACAGAUUGUUGGAUUUGGAUCCUAGCAGGAGACCAGGUGCUGGACCUGGUGGUUAUGCAGCACUCAAGAUGCAUCCAUUCUUUAAAGGAAUUGACUGGAAAAAUAUAAGGCAGCAAAUCCCUCCAAAAAUUGCUUUGGAGGCUCAAUCAGGUGAAAGUGAUGAUCAUGAUUCUUCAUGGAAUCCUUCACACAUUGGUGAUUGCGGAGCAAGACAAAUUGAGGGAAAUGCUGGCGCCACGUCGUCAUCUGAGGGAUCCAGUCACAUUACUAGACUGGCUUCCAUCGAUUCAUUUGAUUCGAAAUGGCAGCAAUUUCUUGAUCCUGGGGAAUCUGUUAUUAUGAUAUCAAUGGUGAAGAAAAUGCAGAAACUAACAAGCAAGAAGGUGCAACUUAUCCUUACCAACAAGCCGAAGUUGAUUUAUGUUGACCCCUCAAAACUCAUAGUGAAGGGAACUAUUAUAUGGUCUGAUAACCCCAAUGACCUCAACAUCCAAGUAUCAAGCCCUUCGAAUUUCAAGAUUUGUACGCCAAAGAAGGUGUUAUCAUUUGAGGACGCUAAACAAAGAGCGUGGCAAUGGAAGAAGGCGAUCGAAGGACUACAAAACCGGUGAAAUCUGAUCCUGCUUUUGACAAUCUCAUUCUUUGCAUAAAUUAUUAUUUUGUAGAGGAACAUGGGGAAUUCUUUUCAAGACAGUUUAUUACCCCCAAACCAUUAAUUUUUAAAUGAAAUAUUUGAAGUUGCAAGAGAAAGCUUCUUCUCUCAAGGUGCAUAGUACUGCAUAGCAAUUUCUUUAACUAUCCAUCCCCUCUCAGGGCUUCUUCUAUAUGACAAUUUUGUAGAUUUUCAUAGGGUCUGUCUGUGAGAAAAGGGGGUGGAUGGAUGGGUUUUGUUCUAUUUUUAUUGUUAAUUGUUGGCCCCUAAUGAAAGUUGUGUUCAACAUUGAACAUUCUAAAAAUAUAUAAAUAUAUAUUUGAUAUGGCAGAUAUAGAUUGGGACUCUUCUUAUA